CCUGCUCCGCCCGCGGACUUCCCCGGGGCGCCGGGGAGGAGGGCCCCGGAACGCGGCGUUUGCAGUCGGGACCCGAGACUCCGGGGAGGAUGCCGGCGCGGGCUUGAGUGGCUCGGAGAGUGCCGAAAGCCGGACAUGGAGGACUUCACUGCCAGGACCUACGGCACCAGUAGCCUGGACAACAGACCCCUGUUCGGAGAGACUUCAGCCAAGGAUCGAAUCAUCAAUUUAAUUGUCGGCAGUUUAACAUCCUUACUGAUUCUAGUAACGCUGAUCAGUGCUUUUGUGUUCCCUCAUCUACCUCCAAAACCACUGAAUAUAUUUUUUGCUGUCUGCAUCUCUUUGAGUAGCAUUACUGCCUGCAUACUUAUCUACUGGUAUCGACAAGGAGAUUUAGAACCGAAAUUUAGAAAUCUAAUUUACUAUGUCUUAUUUUCUAUCAUCAUGUUAUGUAUAUGUGCAAAUCUGUACUUCCAUGAUGUGGGGAAGUGAGACAAACACUUACCAGGACUCUUCAAAAGCUGUCAGUUGAGGCUGUGACGGGUACUGGGUAAGGUGUCUGGUACAUGAUUUUCAUGCAACUAAAUCUAAAUUCCCUCUUGCAGGGAACACAUAUAUCAUAGACCACUUUGCUUUUUCUUUAAGAAGCUUAGACAUUCCAACUCUUUAAAGUUCCAACAGCACAAGCAAUUUUCACUUUUGAAAUUAAAAUUUUUAUAAUGUAAUUGCAUGGUGAAAAGGCUAUGUAGCAAACAAAAUCCUGCAUUUUAAAACAAAUAAUUCUUUUAUUUCUGUUCAAUGGAAUAUACAAUUGUUCCCUAUGCAACCAACUUUUGCUUAUAACUACAAUUUUAUUUCACGUAACACAGAUGGUAAAAAGACAACUUUGAUUGUGAUGAUCUAAUUACAAUAAUAAAUAAAAAUAAUUUAUACAAGGA